AAAGUACUAUUGGGUCGAUGUUAAUGGCGGUUUGCUGAUGAUUUAAGGAGAAAAAUGAUAAAAUGUAAUUAGAUAAUAUUAUCAAUAGCUUUUUUUGAAAUUGUAUGUGCUAUAUGAAAAACGUUGAACUUUAGUGAGUGGUGUUAUAAAACACUUUCCGAUGUGGAAGCAGUUACAGAUGGGACUUCGGGCAUUUUUGCUGAUAGCCUCCAGAGUUUGGACAUGCUUAUGUUACACAUUAAAAAAGCAGACAAGAGCUGUAAUUCAGCAUCAGUCAGUAAAAUAUGAUUUAUUCCCCCUAUCGCCCUUAUCAAGACAUAGGCUGAGUAUUGUUAAAAGAAAAGUUCUUGUUCUUGAUUUGGAUGAAACGCUGAUACAUUCACAUCAUGAUGGUGUGGUAAGACAGACAGUAAGGCCCGGUACACCUCCAGAUUUUGUAUUGAAAGUGGUCAUUGAUAGGCAUCCUGUUCGAUUUUUUGUGCAUAAGAGACCACACGUCGACUUUUUUUUAGAUAUAGUUUCUCAAUGGUAUGAGUUAGUAGUUUUUACAGCCAGUAUGGAAAUAUACGGUGCUGCAGUGGCAGACAGGUUGGAUGGGGGUCGUGGAAUUUUACAGAGGAGAUUUUAUAGACAGCAUUGUACACCAGAACUGGGAUCUUACACUAAAGAUUUAAGUGCCAUAUGCAAUGAUUUAUCAAGUGUUUUUAUUUUAGAUAAUAGCCCUGGAGCUUAUAGAGCUUAUCCAGAUAAUGCAAUUCCUAUAAAAUCUUGGUUUUCUGAUCCAACUGACAUAGCCCUACUCAAUUUACUUCCAGUGCUUGAUGCUUUGAGGUUUACGGCUGAUGUCAGAUCUGUAUUAUCCCGAAAUCUACAUUUGCAUAGGCUAUGGUAGAUAGGUGAGUCUCUUUUGACAUUUUUCAUUAUUCAGACGAUUAUAAUUUCAGCAAUUUGAGCAGUGAAACUAAGAGUACGUUGCCUAUGAAAGAAUUUAAGGUUGUUGAUAGUAUUGUUACGAGAGUUGAGGAGUUCGACUUGACUCAAAAUACAAAUGAUAAUGUGAAUGUAGUAUCCCGUAUAUCACAGAAAAUAUGUAAUCAUUAAUAUAAUUAUUGAGAUCAAUCUUUUUGGCUGUUUCAAUUAUUAGGGGAAAGAUAGUUUGAUCAAAUUUAAAAUUAAUAUUUGAAAUAGUAUUUUAAAAUCUAUUUAAUUUGUGGCAAAACUCCUAAAAUCAGUGGAAAUACUCUCAGUUUAUAGCAAAUUGAUCCUCAGAUCAGAGGUUAGUUUCUACCAUAUGGAAAACCUCCAAAAUCAUUGGAAACAUUUACAAUCCAAAGCAAAUGAACUCUUGGAUCAAUUAUUCCUGUCUAACAAGUGGAAAAACCUCCAAAAUCAGUAGAAAAAUGUUCAGUUUAUUAGAAAUUGUCUGUCCAAUCAGUGUUUAGAGUUUAACUUGCAGAAAAACCUUCCCAAUCAGUGGAAAAAUGUUCAGUUCGUUACAAAUUGUAUAUCUGAUCAGUGGUUGGAGUCUAAAUUGCUGUAAAACUAUCGAGGUCAGUGGAAAUAUUCUCAGUUUAUAGCAAAUGGACCCUCAGAUUAUAGGCUAGUGUAUAUCCAAAAUCAGUGGAAAAAUAUUCAGUUCAUUACAAAUUGUAUCUCUGGUUAGUGGUUAGAGUCUAACUUGUUUAUAAAAUUACUAUAAAUUAGAAUUUUUGAAAUAAUAUCUGACAAAAAUGAUCUAACAAUAGAAUGUACAACUCUGAAGAAAUUGGAUAAAUGCAUGUAAAUUUUUUUCUCUGUUAAUAGAUUUUUAUUUUGGUCUAAUUAUCUUUCUCUAUAAAAUUAAAUAAUUUUUUUUAAUUUCUUAUUUCUUAGACCUUUUGAUAUGUUUAUGCUUCUAAAUGUUCUUGAUUUUAGGUCUCCUAAAUUAGUUUCUUUUAUAAUUUAAGAGAUCUAAAAUCAAAAAUAUUUAGAAGCAUAAAAUUAAAUAUAGACUAAAAUUUUAAUAACAAAUGGUUCCUCAUUUAUUCAUAUUUCAUAUACAUAAAUACUUGAUUUACUGUCUCAUUACUUGUGGCUUUCUAUUUUUUUUAUUAUUCCAUUACUUACAAAUCAUUUAUUUUUGUAAAUUUUGAAUUAAAUGCAGGUACACACUCCGGAUGAAACCAUACAAAUAGUAUCCAACUUCCUAAUGGAUUUUUUUUCUUUCUUUUUUAAUUUAUUUAUGUAGAAUUAGGAACGAAACUAAUAUGGUUUUAUGUAUAAUAAACCCCAUUGAGUCCACAUAUCAGAAAAUAAUAUUAUUACUAGAUAUUUGACAGUUUCGAUAACUGAAGUUAAAAUUGAAAUCAACUACUGUCUCAGUUUAAAUUUUUAAUCCAUUAUCAGUAUAAUUAUAUCACAUUCUAAUCGUAAAAUAUCUGAUAAUAUAAUUUACUUCAUAUUUCAAAUGAACUUUUUUUAAUAUUACGAAAGGCUGAGAGUUAUAAUUCAGUUGGAUCAUACCAAAAACCUGCAAAUUUAGGGUUUUAACUGAUUCAGUUUACUCCACUGGUUCUACAUUCUGGUUGGAAUUUGCAUAAAUCCCUGAGGGUUUAUUUGAACUACUUUGGAAUCAGCGAUUUAACUGAUUGAAUCAAUUACGAAUUUGUCAAAAUUAAAUUCAACACCUUUUUUAUUCAUGUUUAUUUAUACAUUUUGGGAACAUAGUAUACAGUGUGUACUAAAAACUUCUGUCUUGAUUCAAAUUUCAAAUUUAUAAUCAGUAUUUUUAUACCACAUUUUAAUCCUAAAGUAGCAGACCUAAAAAAGUCGCCUACAAUUUUUUUUAUUAUCAGGGGUUAAAUGGCACAAUUCAGUUGAACCCUACCAAAAACCUAUCAAUUAGAGUUUAAAAUGAUUUUGAAAAUUUUUUUUUUCGAAACACUAAGUAUAUUCUUUAUUAAAUUUCUAAAUUUUGAGUUAGAAUUUAUUAUUGUUGAGGUAUGGAUCGAGUACCCCCACUCGAUCCAAAUUGUUUUAUAAUCAAAUAUAAUGAUUAAGGAGGCCUAUAUUCUAGUCCUAGUCAAUAAUUUUUACAAUGGGGAUUUAGUGAAAAAAAUUUUAUUUAAACCAUCGAUAUAGAUAAUUUUUAGUUUCUUUUCUAAUUCCUUAUAUUGUUAAUUAUAUAUUUAUUUUAGGUUACUUGUAAAAACUUUAUCGAUGUUUUUUAGAUAAGAAAUGUAUCUAUAUUGUAUAUAUGUAGUAUAAUCGUAGUUAUACUAUGAUGCAAUAAAAAUUACAUUAGAAAACUUUGUUUCUACUAUAUUUGGUUAAAUAGAAACAAAUACGAAUAUAAAAACAUCAUUUUACAAUGUUAUAUGCUUAAUUUGUAUCAAUUUAUAUUUUUAGAUUGAACCCAAUGCAAAAAUGGAUAGUCUAAUAAACAUAAAAUGAAAUUAAACAGCUCUCAAUAUAUAGAAUUAGAUGUAACAGUUGGUCCAAUUAUUGUAUCCACUCUUUUUGAACAUGAUUUAUAAAGGUUUUUAAUAUUAAUGGAUCUUUUAAAGUUUGUAGUAAACCCUCAAGUGUGCAGUUUUGAUUUUAUCUUUUGUAGUUUGAUGUUUUGUAUUAACUUCACUUUAACAGGACUAUCAUUGUAGUAAAGUUUCUUUUCACAUAAAAAUUGUUGCAUUUCAGCUCAAGAAUUUUCUAAUUUCAUUCUACUGCCCUCCAACCAUUUCUUAUAACUUCCUAUCAAAGUUUUCGAAAAGCUUGUAUAAAUCAAUCUUAAAAAACAACUUUUAUAGCUGCUUCUGAUUUAUGUAAUAUUUUAACCAUAUCUUAUUUAGAUAGUAAAUUUUUUCACAUACAAUUAUAUAAUUAGUAUAUAUUGACAUUUCUGUCAUACCUGGAAAAAACAAGUAAAUAUUAAAAUAGCAGUAAAUUAUACACAAACACACUAUUUAUGUUGCUUUUGGAAUGUGUUGUAUGCGCCUUUAAUUUAGCUGACUAAUUUCCUUUUUUGUCUGUUAGAUGUACCUAAAUUGUACUGCUCAUGACAAUGUUUUGAUUUUUAUGAAACUGCCAUAAAAAAUUUCAAGGCCUUGAUGUCAAGUAUAUCUUAAUUUUGUAGUUGGUUUUAUACAGAGGUUUUUUUUCGUAAAUCGCAUAGUAUAUAGUGUGUUCCAAAAAUUCAAUAAAAUACUAAUAAAAACGUAGGCUUGAAAUCAAAACUACUAUACAGUUACCGUGCCUGUGGAAUCCCCUGAUUCUACAUUUCUGUUGGAAUUUCCAGGAAUCCCUAACGGUUUCAUUUGAACUACUUUGGGAAUAACUAAUGGAAAGGAUGAACGAAUUUCCACACUUUCAAUGCUAUAUUUUUCUUCAUACUUAUUUUGGUGAUGAAGCGUACAGUGUAUUCAAAAAAUUCCCUCAAAAUACCAAUAAAAACAAAACUGUAACUAUUUGAUACUUGAAUUUAAAACUACGAUACAUCUUCUGCAAUUUUUAAGCUUUUCUGAACACAAUGAGGAAAAUAUUAGGAUUUAAUUUUUUUAUAACUUGGCGUCAAGGAAAAUCUGUUUACCUUAAGUUUUCCUCGAGGAUAACUUUUAAAAUAUUAAAAUUUCAGUGGAUUCCUUUGCUGCUGCAUUUCUGUUGAAAUAAAUAUAGAUCCCUGACGGGUCAUUUGAACUACUUUGGGAAUAAUUGGUGUAAUCAACAAACGAAUUAUAAAAAUUAAAUCAACAAUUUUAUAUAUGCUUAUUUGUAUAUUUUGGUAAUAUAAUAUACAGAGUAUUGAAAAAAAUUCCAUGAAAAUACCAAUAAAAACGAAGCCAUAACUAUUUGGGGCUUGAAUUCAAAACUAGGAUAAAUCCUCUACCUCUCUCUCCUCUUUCAAGCUCUUUUCAGCAUAUUUAGGAAAAUAAUAGGAUUUAAUCUAGUGGCAGAGCCUUUUUUACAUAGCUAGAAAUUCUGGAGAGCCUGUGAAGGGAGUUAGGCUUCCUCAUUCUUAAUAAUAGGAAUGAAUUUCAAUUUUUGGUUCAUUACACUAGAUUGGGAUGAAAAUUAAAACCGUUUCUGGUGCAUAUAAUGUAAAUAAUCAGUUUCAUAGAGAUCAUCCCUUUCGUUAUGAAGAUAUUUAAUUGUUUACUUCUCCUCCUAUUUUCAAAUAAAUUAUUACUAAAGUUGGUUUAUUUUAUCAGUGUCAUUGUUUAUAAAAAUUUCUAUGAAAAAUACUGUUAGUUCUGAUAAAAGUGCAAAUAUUUCUAGAGAUUGACUAAAUGUAGAGAAAAUAUUUUCUGCAUCAGAAAAUCAACUAGAUUGGAAUGUUAAAUUGAUGUUCUUCUCCAUUUUUCUGGAUGUUAUUUUUUAAGUAUAAUUAAUGUACAUACGUAGCUGAAUAACGUGUAGAUAUUGAUAAAACUUCUCCUACUACUUCUUAAAAAAAUAUUUGACAAAUUUGUUAAUAAAAGGACGAUUCUGACAAAAAAUACAUUGACUUCCUUUGUACAUAAUAAUAGAAUGUAAUAAUUAUUUAUCUGGCAAGGACGAAAAACGGUUAUAUUAGUACCUGUAAAUUAGUGUGAAACAGUUUUUUAUCGAGGCACAUCCUACUAAGUCCUAAGUGGUAAAACAUCCAUUAGGACUUUAGACUCUUUUGGGACUAUAGAAUCGUUUCAAUGUUAAUCCUUGUAGGUGAUUAGCCACUUUUUCCACCGAAGUAGCAAUCGACGUAAUUUUACGGUCCAAAACCAGUAUGUAUAGAGGUUAUGUUUAAUGCUGCUAUAAAAAUUUGUACAACGUAUUUUUUUAUAAAGUCUCAAAUUCUUGCCAGUAAAAGUGACUAUUAUGACUAAAGUUAAUUAGGGUAUGGUUCUGCAACAUCCUUUUGUAUGUUUUACUACUUUCUGUUUGUUUGUGUGAUCGUGAAAAUCAAUUACUUAUUCUAUUUAAUUCUCCAACUCAAUUUGUUUGGAAUAUUUAGCAUAUUUUAUGAAAAAAAUCAAUUGCCUUUAGGCAUAGGCCUCUCUGUAUAUUAAGAAAUAACUUGUGUAUUGUCCUUAGAAGCCUGUAGCCUCGAUCAAAAUCCAAUUUACACCCUCGAUUAUCAUUGUAUGUUUUUUUUUCAAAGUUAGAAGCCGAACUUUAUUAUACUUGUUUGCAGAGAAAAAUCUCUUCCAAACGCUUUUUAUUACAAAUAUUGAAUUCUGUAGGACCACCCAUUGUAUAAUAAUACUUUUUGAAUAAACGAAUGUUUUUUUCUCGAUAAUUUUCCAAUUAAUUAAGAGAAAAAGUACUCAUAAAUUUUGAGUACGGUACCUUAAAAUAUUUCGUUAUACAAAGUUUUGUGUCUUCCUGUACAUUAGAGAAAAAGAAUAUAUUUUACCCAACAGACUUUCGUAAUACGACGAAAUAUAUGGAUUAAAUUGUUAAUAUUUUCUUUUUUUGUAUACAGGGUGGACGUAAACUCGAAACUCAUUAACUUUCAAAUAGAAAACCCCGUAUAUUAUAGUAUUAAUAAAAUCUUAUGUUUUGACAAAAUCUGGCACAAGAAAAUGGCGAAAAAUAUGGAAAUGAAAAUACAAUUUUCCAAAUUACCCAUUACUUAUAUACAGGGUUGUUCAACAAUGUUUAAGUGAUUUUUGGAUGAAACUAAGAAAGUUUUUGCUUUAAAAUUGUUCUAUACUUUCCUAUAACUUUGUAUCUUAAUUCAAAAUCUUUUUUAAUAAGUUUUACUAGUAAAUAAUCAUUUUUUUGUACUGUUUUUUAUUUUUGCUUUGUUUAAUAUGUAAUUGUACAUACAUACUUAGGAAAUAAGAUACUCUGUUGUAUAUAGCGAGGAGUAACUCAGUUAGAGCUAAUUAUUAUGAGUAUAUUGAGUAAUAGGGACGUUUCAUUGAUAGCAGUACCUUUAUUUGAAUACUAGAAGUAAUUUUUUCACUUUAUACAAUAAAACUGAACAAUGAGUUACUCCGAGAGCUUAUAUUAAGCUUUUGGUAACGAAAUUAGAACAAGAAGUACCUAAUGUGAAUCUUUCACAAUAAAUAUGUGAACUGUUUGUUGAAAUAAAACAGACCAAACUAAAA